AUUGAUAGCCCUUGUCGUGAUUGGAAGUAAACUUUUCUUGAUGACAACAUACUAGACGAGACAGAGUAGCUAUGAUUCGACGGAGUAGAAAAAGUCAUUCCAUCUAUCACAUAGUGGAGAAAGAUGACUCAGGUGAUGAGGACAUUGAUUACCAAGAAAGCAGCGAAAAGGUUGCUGCUAUGGACGGCAAGUUCUUUGAACAGUUCAUCGCCUUGAGGUUUGCUGAUGGAGAAGCUGGCCAAGAUACGUUCAAACCAAUUCAGGAUGAAUCAGCAAACAACAACUCCACCAUUGAUUUCACUCAGUGUAGGGGGAUCUACAAAGAUAUUCCACGUCCAACCAGCCGAGAGGCUGAGUUCUUCUAUAAAUCAGCUCUCGUCACUAUCAACCAGAGACUAGGUGUGACCUAUGAGAUGAAAGAACUACCAAAUACACAACUAUUCCAGUAUACGCAAGAGACCUUGAAUAUGAAUCCCCAAGAACACGGAGCUCUGUUACAGAAAGUGUCACAUGGCCUUCCUCCCCCACUAAUCAUGGUUGUGGAUGUCAUAUCAGCAAAAGAUCUGCUAGCAAAGGAUGCUAACGGCCUGAGUGAUCCAUUCUGCGUUCUGGGCAUCGUACCCCUGUGGAGCGAGAACAUGGCGGAGUCUCCAAAGCGGAAGAUCUCGCAAGCCAGGCAUGAUCUCCUGCUGGAUCACGCUAGCAAGGACUCCCUCUGUGUCACGGAAGUGAAAGAGAAGACCCUGAAUCCAUGCUGGAGGGAACAGUUCAGAUUUGAUGUAGGUGAUGUCAACAAUGAACAGCUCCAAGUUGAAGUUUGGGACCAUGAUGAGGAUUCAUCUGUUGGGAAGAUCAUUAAGAAUGUGGGAGAUGUUCACAAUUUGAAGGGCAUGGGAAGAUUCUUCAAGGAAAUUGCCCAAUCAGCAAAGAAAGAUGGCAAGAAUCUUGAUGAUUUCCUUGGCUGGGUUACUAUACCGCUCAAUACUAUAUCAAGCAAUGGUUUAGAAUGCUCUUUUCCUCUCCAAAGCCGGGGCAAGAGUAAGGUUGAAGGGGAACUCAAACUGAAAUUACAGCUCGCACUGAAGAAAGAUGCGCCCAAGGCAAGCACAGAAGCCAUGGGUGCAGCCCACCAGUACCUAUGGUAUGAAUUCACCCAUCAUGAGGUCUGUGACAAUGCCAUGACUCAAUACAGGUGGAAUGGUCAGCUUCCCCCAGCACCCAAGGCCAUCUUACAUCAACUGGCUCAACAGCAGCAGCUUCCAGAAAUAUACCAGCUUGCCAGUCAGUGGAUAGCAUACAGUCAGCAGUGUGUCUUGCCCCAUCUAGAUCUCAAUGUAAUGCUUUCAAUCAUCACAGGAAUAGCUAACCUAUGGGACCAAGGUCCUCCAGAUGAGCAGAUGGUGAAAUAUAUUUGCAAGUCCUGCAGUGAGUUUGUCGAUCAUUCUAUGAGGAUGUUACAGAAACAGCAUGAAGCAUUCCCGUUCAGAGACACCGAGGCCGUCUUACAACUACAUCUACUUCUCAGAUGCAUGGUAGUGAUCAAAGAGUUGAGUAAGAAGCUAUCAUGGGAUAUCUUUGAAGGGAAUGUUACAGAUCUCAUCACAGAUGCCAUCAAGAAAAGCACCAAAGAUUGGUUUGUGAAGCAGAACCUGCUUUGUGAGGAGGUCCAUGAGGCCAAGAAGAACCUUCUCUUCCAAGACGAUGACGAUGUCGACGCCGAUGAGGAAGAAGAGACAGAAGAAUCUAAGAAAGUUGCCAUCCUGGUCAAUCUCAUUGAGAACAUGAUCAACCAUGUCAAAGUCCAGAUCAGGCCACCAGCGCUGAUCUAUAAGAAAGCCUUUGAUAUUGAUUUCACCAGGCUGAUACACAUGGAAUUAGCUGAAAAGAUCAUGGCUGAGAUCAAAGAGCUUGUAUCCAGUGUUGGAAAGCUUUCUUAUCAUGGCAGCCAUCAGACACCCAUUGCUCUCUUUUCCUUAUACCUGGCAGUCAGGGGAUUCCAUGCAGCUGCUGAUAAAUCAUAUCGAUCAGACUUGGAGACCAAGAACUAUUACAUGGUAUUCAAGAAGUCUGUUGAACAGUGGUUUGAACUCGCAAGGAUCAAGGCCAGAGCACGCAUACAGAAGGCUGUAGAAGUCGAUGAGGUGAGGCUUGUUGAUUCCAUGGUGAAGCACAGUUCAUCGGCUGUGGAUGUCAAUACAACCUUUGUUCAGAUCAAGGAAUUUUGGACCAAGCUGAACUGGCCAGAUAAGUCUGGAGCAUAUGUAUUUAUUGCCAAGGUCACAGAUGAUAUUCGUCAGGGAGCUGUGGAUUAUGCAAAUAUUAUCCAUAAAAAACUGGAAGAGAAUAAAUUCUAUGAUGAUGAGGGUCAGUUUGAUGUCACAGACCAGCUUUGCAUCGCAGUCAACAACAUCGAGCAGGUGCGUCGCUACCUCUCCAGCCUGCCUGUCCAGCUGGACUUUGAGCGGGUGCUGGAUGGGCUCCUCAUCGAGCACGGGUCGGUGGGAUCGGAGCAGUGCGGUCUGACCCUCCACACCAUGCUCGCCAGUGCGGACGAGGACAUGCUGAAUGUGAUUGGUAAGGUGAUCAGGCACGUCGGGGAGAAGAUGGAACCGGACUUCAGGAAGUACACGGCACCCCUCAUGUCUGCCGCACCAGAAACCAACCUUGAUGAUGUGAUAACACCUUUAAUGGAAUAUCUUGAUAGCAAUCUUAUCACCUUACACAGUUGUCUACUGAAGGCUAACUUCCAAAGAAUUCUAGAAGAGCUGUGGCUUGUUGUGUUGAACAUCCUGAAAGAAAUGAUCAACAGUGGGUACAAGACACUGAAUCAACAUCCCCUGAUUGGUCAGAGAAUGCAUGAUGCUUAUGAUGUUAUUGGAAACUUCUUCCAUGCAGAAGGGAAAGGAUUGCCCAUGAAAGUGAUUGAGUGUCCCAUCUUCAAGGAAGCCAUGGGUAAACUCAGCAAGUUUGGUACUUCCACCAAGAGAUUGAUAGAAGAUUAUCUCAUGGCUCGGGUCAUGCAACAGGAAGAGGCCAACAAGUCAGAUUCACCCUUAGGAAUCCUAACAGUCAAGUGCAAUUAUAAACAGAGUCAGCAGAAGCUCAGAGUCCGGGUGAUGAAUGCUACUCAAAUCAGGCCUAUGGAUGACAAUGGUCUGAGUGAUCCAUACGUGAUAGUGUACUUACAGCCUCAUCAUGUCUUUCCUCAAAGUCACUUUCAGAAGACGCAGGUCAUCAAGAAAACGCUGCAUCCACUCUUUGACGAGACCUUUGAAUUCAAUGUUCCACACAGUCAGGUAUUAUCCUAUGGUGCUACCGUCCACUUUGUCCUGGCUGACCUAAUGGACUAUGACUUCUUGAGGAAUGAUUUUGGCGGUGAGGCCUACCUGCAGAUCAAUGAUGUCCCUGGUGUCCAUGGCAAGAAGAGCAAGAACCUCGGUGAAGAAGCAGCCAUCUCUCUCCAUCUUUUGCCAGCUGUUACCAAAGAUGAUGAAGCAUGGAUGUUUGUCCAGACUCUCAAAGAAAGGUCCUCCGACAAAGAAGCUGCAGAAUUUCUCAAGCUUCAUAAACUAAAAUGAGGGAAAUGAGAAUCGCUGUACGAGCUAAAAGUUCUGACAUGGUUUGUUUUCAGAACUGUAAAGAGCCAAAGGCCUAAGAGAGUUAUGACUGACGUGUAUGGUCAAAUUUGUUUUGCGUGAAGGCAAAGCUGACAUCAUGAACAUAUAUGCAGAAUAUAGUAGUGGGGAAUCAUGAAGAUAUCUAUGUGCAGGAUUAUUGGCUUGUACAGUACAUUAUUCUUGAGCAGCAGCUAGGAGGAGCUAGCAAUUCUACAACUCAUGUGAAUAUGACUGCCUGUCCUUAUAGACUGGUGAGUGCCUUCAUUGCCAUUC